GGGGCAGCGGGGAGGGGGCGGCAGGACCCCGCGGCGGCGCGAUGGGGGCGGCGGCCUGCGGGGUGCGGAGUGUUUUUGUUUUGGGUCGAAGUUGAGGCCAGAGCGAACGCGGCGGCGGCGCCGGGCGGAGGCCGCGCUCCGGCAGCCCCGAACGCCGCGGGCCGGCCCCGCCAUGCGCAGGGAGAUGAACGGGGUCACUAAGAGCCGCUUUGAGAUGUUCUCAAACAACGAUGAAGCUGCAAUCAACAAAAAACUGCCCAAAGAGCUGCUGCUUCGAAUUUUCUCUUUCCUGGAUGUGGUCACUCUGUGUCGUUGUGCUCAAGUUUCCAGGGCAUGGAAUGUUCUGGCCCUGGAUGGCAGUAACUGGCAGCGAAUUGACCUGUUUGAUUUCCAGAGGGAUAUUGAGGGCCGCGUGGUGGAGAACAUCUCCAAGAGGUGUGGGGGAUUCCUGCGCAAGCUGAGCCUGCGGGGCUGCCUGGGAGUGGGGGACAACGCCUUAAGGACCUUUGCCCAGAACUGCAGGAACAUCGAAGUCUUGAACCUCAAUGGUUGUACCAAGAUCACGGACGCCACCUGCACCAGCCUCAGCAAGUUCUGCUCCAAACUCAGGCACCUGGAUUUGGCUUCCUGCACCUCCAUAACCAACCUGUCCCUGAAAGCACUCAGCGAGGGAUGCCCGCUGCUGGAACAGCUCAUCAUCUCCUGGUGUGACCAAGUGACCAAGGACGGGAUCCAGGCGCUGGUGCGGGGCUGCGGGGGGCUCCGGGCCCUGUCCCUCAAGGGCUGCACCCAGCUGGAGGACGAGGCCCUCAAGUUCAUUGGUGCCCACUGUCCUGAGCUGGUGACCCUGAACCUGCAGACCUGCCUGCAAAUCACAGACGAUGGGCUCAUCACCAUCUGCAGGGGCUGCCACAAGCUGCAGUCCCUGUGUGCUUCUGGCUGCUCCAACAUCACCGACGCCAUCCUCAACGCCCUGGGACAGAACUGCCCGCGCCUGCGAAUAUUGGAAGUGGCCAGGUGUUCCCAGCUGACCGACGUGGGCUUCACCACCCUGGCCAGGAAUUGCCAUGAGCUUGAAAAAAUGGAUCUGGAAGAGUGUGUCCAGAUUACAGACAGCACACUAAUCCAGCUUUCCAUACACUGUCCACGGCUGCAGGUCCUGAGUUUAUCCCACUGCGAGCUGAUCACGGACGAUGGGAUCCGUCACCUGGGCAAUGGGGCCUGUGCCCACGACCGCCUGGAGGUGAUCGAGCUGGACAACUGUCCCCUGAUCACCGACGCCUCCCUGGAGCACCUCAAGAGCUGCCACAGCCUGGAGAGGAUAGAACUGUACGACUGCCAGCAGAUCACACGGGCCGGCAUCAAGAGACUCAGGACCCACCUGCCCAACAUCAAAGUCCACGCCUACUUCGCCCCGGUGACCCCCCCGCCCUCGGUGGGCGGCAGCCGGCAGCGCUUCUGCAGAUGCUGCAUCAUCCUAUGACAGCGGAGCCUGCUCCCGGCCGGGGCUGGCACCGCCCGGGCAGCUCCGGAGCCUCGGGCCAGCGCCCGUGUCCGUGCCAGGGCCAGCGAGCGGGGCUGGGCCGCCCGCAGCCCCCUGUGAGCCCGGCGGGAUGAGGGACUGCGGGCGGAGCCGGCUUGUCCUGAAGCGUUCCUGCUGGGAAUUCCUGGCAGUGCCCAGGGGAGGGGCCCGGCCUGGAGGGACUGGUGCUGCUGGUGAGGUUGGGAGAGGAGCGGAGAUCCUUGGAAAGGGGAGAGGGGAGAGGAGAGGAACACGCCGGAACCCCCUUGUGCAGAAGGAAAAACCCCCAAAAACCUAAAAACCCCACAAACCUGAAAGCCCCAAAAAACUCUAAAAGCCCCAAAAAACCUAAAAACCCCACCAAAUAAGUUCCAUGUCCAUUUGUCAGUGAGGGAAUGAAACAGCAGCUGCUGAGCCAGGAUUUCCCUGGUCCAGGAUUUCCCUGGGGUCCCAAAUUUCCCUGGAAUCCGGAAUUCCCCUGGGGUCCAGGAUUUCCCUGAGGUCCCAGAUUUCCCUGGGAUCCAGGAUUUCCCUGGUCCAGGAUUUACCUGAGGUCCCAGAUUUCCCUGGGAUCCAGGAUUUCCCUGGUCCAGGAUUCCCCUGUGCUUCCCUGCUCCACCUGAGCAUGCUCACAUGAAGGUUCAUCUUCCCUGUGGCAGAGGCUUCCCAGAUUCUUCCCAGGUUGUUGUGAUAGACCUUGGAAUUUCUAAUGCCACAUAUUUUACCCUCCCCAAAUCCUGCCUUUUAUUUUCCUUUUUUUUUCCCCUUUUUUUUAGGGUGUUUUUUUUUUUUUUUUCCUGGGUGGUUUUUUUGGGUUUUUUUUUUUA